AUGGCUCCACAAGCUCUUCUGGGAGACCAUCUACCUUCUUCUGUUUUGGUGCUGGCGGGGAUUGCACUCUUUGCCCUCGCCGGAUUGAAAGCUGUCCAGGCGAUUCAAGGCUGGCAAUACGCUCGCAAACAUGGCUGCAAACCGGCUCGACAUACCAUGACCCAUGGGCUUCUGGGCGCCGGAACCAUCAUGAAAAUGCUGUCGGCCUCCAAGGAACAUCGAUUUUUGGCGUUGAUACGUGGCUGGCAUCAAACUUAUGGGACGACGUUCGAGUCAAGAAUGUUGAAUCGCCAGCCCGUCUUUACCAUCGAACCGAGGAAUGUACAGACUGUGCUGGCGCUCAAAUUUAAGGAUUUCGAGCUAGGCUAUUAUCGCAACAAGGCCAUACGGCCUCUGCUUGGUUAUGGAAUCUUUGCCACCGAUGGCAGUAAAUGGGAGCAUUCACGUGCGCUCAUCCGUCCCAACUUUAAUCGAAGCCAGGUUCACGAUAUCAAUGUUUACGAGACCCACGUCAAGGCGUUGAUUGACCAAAUUCCGCGAGAUCAAUCCACCGUGGAUCUGCAAGAUUUAUUCUUCCGAAUGACACUCGACUCGGCGACGGAGUUCCUCUUUGGGGAAUCUGUCAACUCACUGAAAGAUACCUCGACCGCCUCGGCCUCUUCCUUUGCAGACGAUUUCAACACUGCUCAAAAUGGACUCGUUCGCCGCAAUCGACUCGGACCGUUGAUGGGACUUUACCGCAACCGUGACUUCUCCAAAUCGAUCGUCAAUGCGCGCGCCUACGUGGAUAGAUUUGUGCAGAAAGGAAUCGACUACCGCUUGGCACUCGACAAGGGAAGGAUAAAGCCGAACGAACUUGAUCAGCAAUAUGUGUUUUUGUACGAGCUGUCCAAGCAGACCCUGGACAAGACCGAACUUACGGACCAGCUUCUCAAUAUCCUCUUGGCCGGGCGCGAUACCACUGCCAGUCUCCUCAGUAUCACUUUCUUCAUCCUGGCCAGACGACCGGAUAUUUGGACCAAGCUCAGACAAGAGGUCCUCAAGCUGGAUGGCCGAAAACCUUCUUUCCAGGAUCUCAAGUCCAUUUCGUACCUGACCUAUGUCCUGAACGAAACCUUACGCCUAUACCCCGUCGUCCCCUUCAACGGCCGCAUGGCCACCAAAGACACCUACCUGCCCGUAGGCGGAGGUCCCAACGGCAAAGAUCCCAUCCACAUCCGCAAAGGACAGGAAGUGAUGUACAGCGUAUAUGCCAUGCAGCGCCGACAGGACAUCUUCGGAGCAGAUGCAGAUGAGUACCGACCCGAGCGAUGGGAGACGCUCAAGCCUGGCUGGGCGUACAUUCCGUUCAAUGGAGGACCCCGAAUCUGUAUUGGGCAGCAGUUUGCUUUGACCGAGGCUGGGUAUUCGAUUGUGAGGAUUAUGCAGGAGUUUGAAAGUAUUGAGAGCAGAGAUAACCGACCGUUUAAAGAGGCGCUGUCGCUGACAUUGGCGAGUUUCCACGGCGCCCAGGUCGGUCUCAAAACUGUGCAAGCUUAG